UCCCACAAUGCCAGUCCCUGGGAGGAACCGCGGACGCUUUCGUCAGAUAUGCUUCUAAAAUUCGCCGGAGAUCCGCCGUCGGAGGAGCGGGGGGGGACACAAAAAGUGAAACCGAAACGACAGGCUACGAGACACGUACAGACCGCCAUCUGGUUGAGCGGGAACGCGCAGAAAGCGUGCGAAUUGCUUCCUCUCAAAAUAUUUGGGUGCCAAACAUCCAUUAUGUGAGUUAUUUGUCAUAUGUUUUUGUUGUUACAAAGACCUUUAUGGACAUAAGCACCAUCAGCACAUUUGGGUACGAAACUAUUCCCUGACCAAAACGACCAACCAAAAACCAGCCACCGGUCGAGGCGGGAAACCAGCCGUGAAUGGCGUCCACAUGUUGUCGUUGGCAUCUUGAAGGUGAUAUUUUUAGCGAGGAUGAGCGAAAAAGGGUCAUUCCCAUUUCGAAUUAUUAAGUUUCCUGAAGAAGGCAGUGCCAUCGCACUUGUACAUGCCAGUUGGAAACGUGACGGGAAAUGCGCAUGGCCAAAUGAGAAAAACCCGAGGCGCCUCGAGCAGAUGGUCUUGAGAGGUGCGGAACCCCAGCCUGACUGGCAGCUGCAUGACUGCAUUGAAGUUGCAAAAUUUGACACCUAUAAGGAAGCACGAAUAAAGCUGCGGUGUGCUGAAGAUACAUCUGAUAUCUGCAGUGACCGCGAGUACGGCCGAGGAAAAAGGAAGAAGAAGCGCAAAGUAUGGUCUGAUGAAUCCCACGAGGUCAGCAGUUUCUCAGAUGACGACGAUGGCAAUUACCAGACAUCCGUUCUCCCGCGACCACCGACACCGCCUGAGACAGCAUUUCUUGGUUUAUACCCCAUGUCAACACCAACAGCUGAACCGGUUCUUCAAAGCUACGUACAGGUCGCUAAUUGUGGCAGAGGCUCCUAUGAGCAGUUGCAAGCCUGUCCAUCGCUUGUUGGCGGUUCCGCACGUCCCAGGCCCUCAUCUCAGCCACAGCCUUCACGUCUGCCUGCCUCCUCGCAACACCAGGUACGCAGUGGACAACCACCAAGCUCUACCUCGCACGCACAUGAAACAUCGCAUCACGAACUCUCAACAUCCCAGCAAUGGCCGUCUACCAGUUUGCCGGCACGUCGCGGCUCAACAUCAGGUCCGUCCACACAGCAGCAUGAAUUCUCGUCAUCGCAACCAUGGUUGCCGCGCCCACCUUCAUUGCAGCAUCAGGGCUCUAUACUGACCUUGCCCUCAGAAGGACCUGAAGCACUGCAACAUGAACCUUCGUCAGCUGAGCCAUGGCAUCUGCACACUGGCGGUACAACCCAGCAUCAAGGUAAUGGCUUCCAUGGUGGGUGCGAAAGACAGCCACUAAGUGCCACAAGUGGCCCACCAUUGCACUGUUGUGAAACGCCACCGCAGACAUUGUUGCAAGCUCAGUCAUGGGACCCUUCUCCUCGUGGGGCUUCUGAGGACCAAGGUGUCAGGGGCCAAAACACGAAGCACCCACGAGCAGCAGAUCGCACAUCAAGCCACGCGUACCAGAACUUAAGCUCAGGAUACUGUCAGGAAACGCUAACACUUCUGCACACCAUAAGGCUAGUGCAGCAAAAGCAAAGUGAGCAGUUGCUGGUCAUUAUCAGCAAGCUGAACAGCAGCACCACUGUUGAUCAACUGUCGACUGCAAGCUGCUUCGAUGAGCAGAUUAAAACUACAGAGGAGCUCAUGGCCUUCGAAGAGGAGCUAAAGAACAACCCUGAGAAAAGAAACCAACUUUGGGCUUCUUUGCAGAAGCUCUUUAUGAAAUUCAUAGGAGGCUCUGAUGUAGGAGAGAAAACAAGCAGGAUCUUGUCAAAAUUGCUGUCGAUCAACGUGGGCAAGGAUUUCAGCCUCCAUGGUACGAAAGGGAAACGAAAGUUCACCGACCUCCAGAUAUGGAAGCUGAUGUGCGGUUGCUUGGUGCCAGUGAACCAACAGCAAGCUGAAAAGGAAGGUACUAUGAAAAACGUAGAAAAAGCUGCACAGUCAUGGUUGCGUCAUGCCCCUGAUACCUACAAAAAGCAACAAGCCAAAGCAAGUGGAGAAAGUGCCAGUCAGCAGUAA